UCCCACAAAAGUUUGCCCCGUCAGUGUUCAACUACAUUCCUGCACUCACACAGUUCAAGACUUCCUAAACAGUUUCGACAUAUGAAAAGAAGAAAGCCGACACAGAAGAAGUCAAUGAACUCCUCCAACCUGGACUUCACAUUUCAUUUACAGGUUUCAUCGACUUAUUAAAGAGCUGGUUGCUAAGAGAUGACAAUCGGCGACAUGUGUGAGAGCCUCUGAUGUCGAGCAGCGUGGAGCUCCCACUCCUCCAGGAUCUCUUUCCUCCACACCUCUCUGUGCACCUGGCUCAUGUGAAGGACGCUUGAAAACGCUCUCAGAUCAACAGACUCACAAAUACCAUGGCGGCUUUUGCUUCUGCGUGUGGUACCGCCACGACCACCGCGGUGGCCCCGGCUGCAUGGGAAAGGCAUGGGAAGGACGAGGAGGAGGAGGAUGUGGGACAAAGUACAGUUGUGGAGAAAACCCAUGAGUUCUUCCAGAUGUGUGACAUCGAGAAUAAGGGCUUCAUCACCCGACGGGACAUGCAGAGGCUGAACAGCGGACUCCCUCUCAGUGCGGAAGAACUGGAGAAGGUGUUUGAUACUCUCGAUUCUGAUGGCAAUGGAUUCCUCACCCUCAACGAGUUCUCCUCCGGCUUCAGUGAAUUUUUAUUCGGCCAGAAGGUUGCUGUAGAUGAAGACAUGGGGGAGAAAAACCCAGGUAAAAGUCCCACAGAGGUCCUGUACCAGAGCCAGUGGGAGGAGAGUCCGGCAAGAGGAGACGAAGAUGAAGAGGAGAAACACUUUAGCAUGCUGAUGGAGAACCUCGGAGCCAACAGUGUCUUUGAAGAUCCUGCUGAGGUGCGCAGUUUGUGGGCUCAGCUGCGGCGGGAUGAACCUCACCUUUUAACCAACUUUGAGGACUUCCUGGCCAGAGUGACAUCACAGAUCAUAGAGGCCAACCGGGAGAAGAGAGAGAUGGAGAGCGCCCUGAAAAGGAGAGCAGCUACACACGAUGAUGAGAUCCAACGGCUUUACGAAGAAAUGGAGCAACAAAUCAAAAAUGAAAAGGACAGGAUUGUGCUGCAGGACUAUGAGCGCUUUCUGUCUCGCAGUCAAGAUCUGGAGCUGCAGCUGUCCCGUAAGGAGAAGGAGCUGGAUCACCUCUUUCAGAAACAGAGGAGGCUGGAGAGUCAGUGUCACGACCUUCACAGUGAACAGCAUGUGACCAAGGUGGAGAACGUGAAGCUGAAACAGACCAAUGACGAGUUAGCACGGGAGCUGGAGCUCACCAGCCAGGAGCUGAUGUUAGCUCAGGACCAGCUGAGUCUGCUGCAGGAGCAGUCCACACAGCUCCAUGAGGACAAGGAGAUGGAAAUCUACAGACUGACAGAGGGACUGCAGCGGGAGCGAGCAGGCCUCCUCAACCAGCUGGACCUUUUGAGGGAAAUGAACAAACAUUUACGUGAUGAAAAGGACAUGUGUUAUCAGCAACCAAAGAAUUCAAAGCCAACAGCGGGAAUGCAGCCGAAGCCUUCAAUCAAUGCUGUGAAACAUUCAAAUACAAACAUCUUCAAAAGUGAGGAUGAGGAAGAGCUGACCAGGAGCUUAGGGAGACAGAUGCUGACCAAUGGGUCGUGCAGGACCAGAGGACACCUCCAAAGGAUCAUCUCCAUCGAGGAGGACCACCUCCCGCAUUUACUCCAGAUGGACUGUCAGGCCCAAAGCCCGCUCCAGGAGUGCAGUGAAGGAGAGGACGCCUCUGGAGAGGAUGAGAAAAUAGACCUGAUGAUGAGUGAUAUCUACCCGGGUGCAUCCUCCUUCAAGCAUGGAGAGAAAAGUGAAACCCCGAUGUCUCCGAGGGGUCAGCCUGUUGGCAAAGAGACCAGCAUAAGUGAGGAGGGAGGUCCGUCACCGCCCGACCGCCUCUUUAAGAUUGUCCUGGUGGGGAACUCCAGUGUAGGGAAGACGUCUCUUCUUAGGCGGUUUUGUGACGACAGUUUCCACCCUGGCACCUUGGCCACUGUGGGUAUAGAUUACAGUGUGAAGACGAUUACCGUGGAUAGCAGCCAGGUGGCGCUGCAGUUGUGGGACACAGCAGGACAGGAGAGGUAUCGGAGCAUCACCAAACAGUUCUUCCGUAAGGCUGACGGUGUGGUCGUGAUGUAUGACAUCACGGCCGAGCAGAGUUUCACGGCUGUCAGACAGUGGCUGACGAGUGUGAAGGAGAGCGCAGGCGAGGACAUUCCCAUCAUGCUCUUGGCAAACAAAACGGACAAAGAGGGCGAGCGAGAAGUUCAGAGAGGAGUGGGAGAAAGACUAGCCAAGGACGGCCAAAUUAGUUUCUAUGAGUGCAGCGCCUGCUCCGGGCACAAUGUGGUGGAGUCCAUGGUGCAUUUAGCCAGAAUCCUUAAAGAGCAAGAGGACAGAGAGAAGGAGAAGACAGUGCAGCUGGUCAGCAGCUCUUCAGAGAAGAAGAAAUCUUGCUGCUAACAGAUAAACAGCAAACAAAACAACACGGAGCAGCACUACCCUUUACAGAGAUACACAACGUGAGCACAUUUUAUUGACUGUCAGCACAACGGCUUCUCACGCAGUCUUCCACCUCGUAGCACUGAGGGCGGACCAACACCAGGGUCAGCACUGUGUGUCGGCUGUUUCUGAUGUUUCACUACUGUCAGCUGUUUAAGACACAAGCUAUUCACUGUUUGUCAUUUUAUGAGUAUGAAGUAGAAUAAUAAUAAUAAUGUACAGCUGAUCAAAUCCAAGUCAAACUGAGGAUCUCUGGAAUCACACUUUGAUAUUUUAAAAGUCCAACUGUAGCUUGGUGUUUUUUUUUCACUUACAGAGGAAGAGUCUCUGUCACAUGUGAGCUUUUAACUGUUUGUAUUCAGAUUCAGUGUUAUUUUAGCUGUGUAGUUCCAUUUUUGAAUAUGUGCACAAUGUAGACACUAAAACAUAAACAAAUGUCGACUUUAAUGAACACCCAAAAUGCCUUGCAGUUAUCACUUAAAGGUAGAGUUAGUAGAAAUGUUUGUUGCAGUUUGUAAACACAACAUUCAAACUAGCCCCUCCUCCUCCUGGGCUCAUCGCCCCCUGAAGCUCACCCUCCCUGCAGGAUGUAGAUGUAUACGUUUACUGCUUGUACCUACACUGCAAGCUAACUCAUGCUAGCACAAGCUAACCGCCAGUGUUUGUCACCUGC